UGGGCGGAACGCGAAAGCUACUCGGCCGCUGUAGACAAGCAAGCACUACAUGUACUUUGGAAACUCAAAACAACCUACGGGCCAGCACCAAGCUUUAAGAAUGUCCUAUGUCCACUUUUUAAAGUUUUAGCAUUUAGCGCACAAUGGAGAAUGCCGACAGGCCCAACCGGACGAGGCCGGGCAGCUGGGGAGCGGCUGCUGACGGUUGGAGGAGCCAAGACCAGAUGAGGGGACAGACUUUCAGAAUGGACGGAGGACAACAAGGCAAGAAGAUCCAGGGCGGUCCGUACCGUGCCAGCCCCAAAAGAGGAGGACUCGGACCAUUAGCUUAUUCCCCCGGAGCUUUCCGAGGUGGUCACAGCCCAUUGCAGAGAGAGGAUCUCCAUCGAUUCUGGAGUCCGGAACAUAGCGGCGGCUCUCAAGAAGAUAACUGGAGAGAGUAUACGCAACAACAGUGGGGCAAGAGCGUCCGUGACGGGGGUUCACGUGAUGGAAAUGUUCUUUAUGAAGGGAGAAGACAUCGGCAGAGAAACAAGGGGAGACAUUUUGCCGAAGAGGAUCGGGACCUGGCUAGUGCGGAGUCCUCACUCUCGGCGAAAGAGCUGCACGUUCUGCAACAGGACGAGACACGUUUGAGUAAAGAUGACAUACGCCGCGUCAACAAGAAGUCCAAUAGCAAGCCCAAUGCACUUUACACCUGUGACCUCUGCGACGUCCCCCUAAUCUCCGUGUCUGACGCCAACAGGCACGUCCGAGAUUGGCGCCACAAGCGGAGGGUCAAGGAGAAGAAGGAGUACGCCACGCUGACCGAAAUCCCGCCUCCUGGCCCCGAACACGUUAAAGCAGUGACGGCCGCUUUAGAGGUUGUCGUCAGCGAGCACGGAAUGGAUGACUGCGAUGUGGACAUGAGACGGAACGUUGUGGCCCUCAUGCAAGACCUGCUUCUAUCUGUCCUGCCUGAGAUCAGACUCCGGUUAUACGGAUCAUCUUGCACUAAGUUUGGAUUCAAGGACUCGGACGUGAACAUCGACAUUCAGUAUCCGGCACAUAUGCAUCAGCCAGAUGUCUUGUUGUCGGUCAAGGAAUGCCUCGCCGUCAGCCCUCUUUUUGUCGAUUUGGAAGCUGAAUUUCAUGCACGCGUGCCUGUCGUCAUCUGCAAAGAAAAGAAUAGUGGUCUCCUUUGCAAAGUGAGCGCAGGGAAUGAAAAUGCAUUCCAGACCACCUCUUAUCUUGCUUCCCUAUCCACGCAAGAGCGUCUCAUCCUUCCACUGGUUUUGGGUUUGCGACAAUGGGCUAAGAUAUGUCAAAUCGACCGUCCUGAGGAAGGCGGACUACCGCCAUACGUCUUGGCUGUCAUGGUCAUCUAUUUUUUACAACAGCGCAAAGAGCCCCUCUUGCCAGCGUAUCUAAAUCAAGCGAUAAAGACUUUUUCACUCAGCAAACUUUCAGAGUUCAACCUCACGCGUGUCGAGGAUGGACAACUGCACUGGACUUGUAGCCUCUCAGGCCAAAACGCCGCACAUCCACCAGAUGGCAUGAAGGGAAAGGUUCCUCUGGUUUUUUCUCGACCGCACCCCCCCGUGGAGGUCGGCCUUCUCUGGGUGGAAAUGCUCCGCUUUUACUCCCUGGAGUUCAACAUGGCCGAUAACGUCAUCAGCGUACGGACCGGCGCCGUCCUAUCCCGGGAUGUAAAAGACUGGCCCAAGAAACGCAUCGCUGUCGAGGACCCUUUUGCCGUCAAGAGGAAUGUGGCGCGCACUGUGAACAGCCAGCAAAUGUACGACUACAUUCUCCACUGCCUCAAAACCACGUACAAGUACUUUGCGCUGCCGCUCAGGCCGCGCGCACGUGCUUGCAAGAAAGGUGCAAAAAAGGCGCUCAAAGAGGAGGCGGCGCUGUCAGAGUUGAGUCAGCUGAGCGUUCAGUCCCAAAGUCAGUGUGAAGAAAACGGCCCCCAGGAUUCGGAUUGCAUCAUAGAGGAAGAGGAGGAAAUCGAGGAAGGCAGCGAGUCCGACCAGGAGAAGGAAAAGACGGACUUGGGGAAAAGCAGCUACUCCGAGGAAGAGGAGGACGAGGACGCCGGGGCGCGAGGCAGACUUCACUUGGACAGCUUAACCACGGAGGAUGAGGAGAUUUUCCCAGUGGACGAGAUCUCGGGGGAUGAGCUUUUGUCUGAUGAAGAACCUCCGGAUUUGGACACGCCUCUCUCAAAUGAGGAAGAGGAGGAGGAGGAUUUGGCACCGAGCGUCUCAUCGCUUCCGCUUGAAAAUACGCUCCCAGAAAAUGAAAAAGAAACGCAGGCCGCGAGGAUCUAUAAAUUCGCCAAGCAAUUCUUAACCAGGAGAAAGUCACACAUGGUUGUGUGUGGGUUGUGCAAGCGUGAUGGUCACUUGAAAAAAGAUUGUCCAGAGGAUUUUAAGAAGGUGGAGUUGCAGCCGUUGCCCCCGAUGACACCGGAGUUUCUCAGUGUGCUGGACCAAGUCUGCGAGCAGUGUUUUGUGGAUUUUGCACCAGAUGACAUGGAAGUGGCCAUCAGAGAGUCCAUCCUGCAAGAUCUAGAGGUCUUCGUCAGACGACAGUUCCCUGGUGCUCGGCUGCAGCUCUUUGGAUCUUCCAAAAAUGGUUUUGGUUUCAGGCAGAGUGACCUGGACAUUUGUAUGGUGCGAGAGGGCCAGGACAGCAUAGAUGAUGUGGACUGCAUCAACAUAAUUGAGCGUCUUGCUAAACUUCUUCGGAAACACCCCGAUUUUAGGAACAUCCUGCCAAUCACGACAGCCAAAGUCCCUAUUGUGAAGUUCUACCACGUACGCACUGGCCUGGAGGGAGACAUCAGCCUUUACAAUAGAUUGGCUCUACACAACACCCGCCUGCUAGCAUUAUACGCCGCUAUUGACAGGAGAGUGAAGAUCCUCUGUUAUGUCAUGAAGGUGUUUGCCAAGAUGUGCGACAUCGGGGACGCGUCACGUGGCAGUCUCUCAUCUUACGCUUACACCCUCAUGGUUCUCUUCUUCCUCCAGCAGAGGGAGCCACCUCUCAUACCUGUGCUUCAGGAGAUUUACGAUGGUGAUGAGAAGCCUACCGUGUUAGUAGAUGGCUGGAACGUGUAUUUCUUCGAUGAUUUAAAAUCACUGCCCAGUCGGUGGCCGCAUUACGGCGAGAAUACGGAGACGGUGGGGGAACUGUGGCUCGGCCUCCUGCGCUUCUACACGGAGGAUUUUGACUUUAAAGAGCACGUGGUGUGUACUCGUCAGAAAGCUCGUCUCACCACUUUCAAUAAGCAGUGGACAUCCAAAUAUAUUGUCAUUGAAGAUCCAUUUGACCUCAAUCACAACCUCGGUGCUGGAGUGUCCAGGAAAAUGACUAUUUUCAUCAUGAAGGCCUUCAUCAAUGGUCGAACCGUGUUUGGUACCCCAGUGAAGGCGUUUCCUCCUGAGUACUCCAGUCAAAUGGAGUACUUCUUUGACCCCCAAGUGCUCACCGAGGGAGAGCUGGCCCCCAACGACCGCUGCUGCCGCAUCUGCGGGAAAAUUGGUCACUUUAUGAAAGACUGCCCCAUGCGCAGGAAGUCCAGGCAAAGGCACGACUCUGACAGAAGGCCGGACGGCACGCGCGAGCGACCGGACGCGUUAGAAGAGCUGCCGUCCAGGCAUAAAAGCGAACACUGGAGGAGGCGGGAGGCGGCGGAACCGCGCUGCUGCUUCCUGUGUGGAUCCAGCAAUCACAUCAAGAAGGACUGUCAGCUCUACAGAGGACCUGCAGGGAACAUGAAAAUGGAAAACUUCUCUUCACCUCCAUCAGGCUCGUUGAGGAAUUUCCGAGAGAAACAAGCUUCACCCUUAGAAGCUGAGAAUAAAAGACAUCCGCAUUUGAUGCUAGGUCCACAAGCGGGCAGUCUCGCAAGCCUCCAUUCAGGUCGCUCCAGUCACAAGAAGAACCCAGCGGAGUGAGCGGCGGCCGCACGGAAGACUCGGCGUUCAAAUUUCAGCGAUCCGUCAUUGAAAACAGCCAAAGCCGGGACGCAGGCCCGCGCCUUUUUAAGUCUUUAUUUUUUUACAUUUUAAUUUCAACGAGUCGGCUCACGAAUACAUGUUUUAAACACCCAACGUUUAAUUUUUUAAAAUCAAAUUCUUAAAUUUAUGAUGAAAUUCACUUUAAAUUUGUGAUGAAAUUCACUUUAUUUGACAGUGGUGUCAUAAGACACUCAUAAAUAUGACACCACCAAAGUGCUACCAAAAUUCUUAGUCAAAUGGCAUGAGAUGUUGCUUUUUAUGAUUUGUUUUGCUGUCCCGUGUGCCGAGUUCUUUUAUUUCUAUUUAUAUUGUUUUUAUUUGAACUUGAUUUGUCCUUUGCACUGAGACCCCUUUUUUCAGCCCAGCUUUAAAAGUUGCUUACAGGCAGCGUUCUCUCCAUGUAUAUAUUUUAGGAUCAUCGUUUCAUUUUAAGAGACUGCCGGUCCAAACGUUUUAUAGAGAAAAAAAUUGCCCCAGUUAGUGGAAUCGGAGAAGAAAAACGCACAUUUUGUCAACGUGAAGACACGCAUAGGUAGCUGCACUGUGAGGGGCCAAACCCUCAAUUUAUGUUGCUGCUCGCUAACAAAAAAAAAAAAAAAGAUUUUGUCACUCGGACUGUCUGGCUUUAUAGCUGUCGUAAUGAAAAAUAGAAUUUUAUAAAAAAAAGUGUUGGAGGAUAUUGUAAAGUUUUUUUAUUUUUUUUUCAAUGGUAGCAGCCUGUCAUUUGUCGUGUAGGGCACAGCUAGCGCAGUUGUGUUCAGCGUGCCGUUUUUGUGACGGGCUUUUCAUUUUUAUUUUAGUCAUUAAAUACAAAGCGAUUCCUGAAAUGUUUUCUCUUUUGGCUUCUCGAUUUUACUGCAUACUGCAAUACACUGGUGAAGCGGCGGAACAAAUGUAAACAGGGCCAUGUUAUGAGAAUAACAGGACCCUGAUUGGACCGUCCAACAGGGGUGGGGCUAAUGGUAGGUGUGAAGAAAAUAAAAAUGAGAUUAAAGUUGUUAUAUGACUUAUAUUUACAUUAUGGGAACCAGUGUUGUUUUUGGCAGCCUACUUUUCGAAUAGUUUUAAGCGACAAUGACUCAAAAUGUUUUGUCUGUAAACAUGAGAAGUUUUAGUCCAUGAAAAAAUCGAAUGAACAUUGACAGACUAACACAUACAGUGGGGCAAAUAAGUACCGUAAUUUUUGGACUAUAAGCCGCUACUUUUUUCCUUCAUUUUGAUACCUGUGGCUUAUAGUCCAGUGCGGCUUAUUUGUUGAUUUUUUUUUUCUUAGGUAACACUUUAUUUGACGGCGGUGUCAUAAGACUGUCAUAAGAUCAUCAAAAUUAUGACAUGACACUAUCAUGGACAUUACUGAAUGCUUAUGUCAUUAAGUGUCAUUUGGCAAAUUAUGUCACUAACUCAAUUUUUGUCCAUCUUGGAUGUUUUGCAUCCAUUCAAAAAAGAUCAUUUGCUGGAUAACACUUAAUGACGUCUGUUAUAAGCAUUCAUGAAUGCUCAGGACAGAGACAUGUCAUAAUUAUAAUUGUGUAAUGACAGUCUUGGCACCACUGUCAAAUAAAGUGUUAGCAAAUACCAUAACGAGCAAUUGAUGAAACAAUUGGAACAGUAACUGAAGAAAUAUUUAGCACAGAACAUGUUUUUUGAUUGUUAUUUACAUCUGUAGCUCUGCAAUGCAUGCUAAGAGGCAUGUUGGAUGUCAACAGCAGGUGGCAGCAGAGGUUGACUGUCUCCCCCAAGGGAGCAGUGAUGGCCAAAUGCAGCUUCUUGAAGCAAUAACGCUUUGCACUAAUUGGUUCAAAGUUUAAUGAUGGUUCAUAUGGUCUUAUGACAGUCGGUCGUAUAAUGCCGCUGUCAAAUAAGGUUGUACCGGAUAAUAUCUUUUGGUGUAAAUAUCCCAUGAUACAGUGAGGACAGCUGCGGCUUAUAGUCCAGUGCGACUUAUCUACAACAAAUGCCGUUCUCGUGCCAAAUUUGGUGGGCUGCGGCUUAUAGUCAGGUGCGCCUUAUAGUGCGAAAAUUAGGGUAUUUAGUCAACCACUAAUUGUGCAAGUUCUCCCACUUGAAAAUAUUAGAGAGGCCUGUAAUUGUCAACAUGGAUAAACCUUCAACCAUGAGAGACAGAAUGUGGGAAAAGAAAGCAGAAAAUCACGUUGUUUGACUUUUAAAGAAUUUAUUUGCAAAUCAUGGUGGAAAAUAAGUAUUUGGUCAAUACCAAAGUUCAUCUCAAUACUUUGUUAUGUUGGCAAUAAUUUUCAAUGUCCUUGCUGAUGGAAGGAGAUUGUCACUCAAAAUCUCUCGAUUCAUGGCCCGAUUCAUUCUUUCCUUUACACAGAUCAGUCGUCCUGGUCCUUUUGCAGGAAAACAGCCCCAAAGCAUGAUGUUUCCAACCCCAUGCUUCACAGUGGGUAUGGUUUUCUUCGGAUGCAAUUCAGUAUUCUUUCUCCUCCAAACACGAGAACCUGUGUUUCUACCAAAAAGUUCUAUUUUGGUUUCAUCUGACCAUAACACAUUCUCCCAGUCCUCUUCUGGAUCAUCCAAAUGCUCCUUAGCGAACCGCAGACGGGCCUGAACGUGUACUGGCUUCAGCAGGGGGACACGUCUGGCAGUGCAGGAUUUGAGUCCCUGGUGGCGCAUUGUGUUACUGAUAGUAGCCUUUGUUACUGUGGUCCCAGCUUUCUGUAGGUCAUUCACUAGGUCCCCCCAUGUGGUUCUUUGUGGGAUUUAUGCUCACUGUUCUUGUUAUCAUUGACGCCACGGGGUGAGAUCUUGCAUGGAGCUCCAGAUCGAGGGAGAUUAUCAGUGGUCUUAUAUGUCUUCCAUUGGCUAAUAAUUGCUCCCACAAUUGAUUUCUUUACACCAAGCGUUUUACCUAUUGCAGAUUCAGUCUUCCCAGCCUGGUGCAGGUCUACAAUUUUGUCUCUGGUGUCCUUCGACAGCUCUUUGGUCUUGGCCAUAGUGGAGUUUGGAGUGUGACUGACUGACAUUGUGGACAGGUGUAUUAUAUACCGAUAAUGAGUUAAAACAGGUGCCAUUAAUACAGGUAACGAGUGGAGCCUCGUUAGAAGAAGUUAGACCUCUUUGACAGCCAGAAAUCUUACUUGUUUGUAGGUGACCAAAUACUUGUUUUCCAUUCUAAUU